AUGGCCAUAGAUAUUGAAGAAGACGCGAUUUCUGAGUUCCUAGAAGCCUUAGAAGAGGAGCCACAGCAGACCGAUCCGAAGCCAAAGAAGCUGAAGCUCGAAUUUGAAGAAUCUGCUGGAAUACCCAGUUCACGUCAAUAUGCUAAGUUCUUACAAGACUUGUUAGACACUCGUCAACAAUUAAAGAAGAAUUCUAAGGUGGUUUUAAGUGAGAAAAGCUCAAAAGCGGUGUUGGGAGAAAUACCUAAGAAGAUGGGGGAUCCUGGACGACUCACUCUCCUAUGUGAGUUUGGGAAUAAUAUGAAGAAAAUGAAGGGUACAAAGAUGACUAUUCACAUGGCGAACCGUUCAGUGACACAGCCCCGAGGCAUUGUGGAGGAUAUUCUCGUGAAAAUUGGGAAAUUCAUUUUUCCAAUAGACUUUGUGGUUUUGGAUAGGAAAGAGGACCCCAGUGUACCGAUUAUUCUUGGUCACCUAUUACUUAAUACUGCUGGAGCUCUGGUUGAUAUACGCGAGUCCAAGCUCACCUUGAGAGUUGGGGAUGAGAAGGAAAUUUUUGGAAUAGAAGAUGUUGAAGUCAUUGCCUACACGAAUCCAACUUCUUGGGUAAGCAAGGAAGAUGAUGAGAUGUCGAGUGAUGAAGAUGAGGUUACUUCAAAAGUAACAAGUCCAGUAGUGAAAGAAGAGAAGGAUAUAAUGGAGCUUAAAGAUGAUGAAAAUUGA